GGCAACAUGAGUGCUACUGGUAGUUCCAUCUGUUCCUAUUCCUCCACAGCAUCCCACAAUGCCGGCGGCAUUAGGUUGUAGAAGCGGCCAGCGCUGCGGCUUCUUCCUGAAAGCUUCCAUGAACCCUGGCGGCACAACAGGUGGGCACCCUCCCUCUCGUCUGCGACUGCGGCACAGGCUGAGGUUAGCAGGGGCCGCUGCCGCCCACCGAGCCAUGUCGCCCACCCUGGCGGCGGCGCCCAGCGGCGAUGAGUUCACGGAUGUGGUGGUGGUGCGGCACGGGGAGACCUCCACGAAUGCCUCCCGCAUCAUCCAGGGACAAUUGGACCCAGAGCUAAAUGAGAUUGGUAGGCAGCAAGCCUAUGUGGUGGCUCAUCGGCUAUCAAAAGAAGCUAAACCAACUGCCAUAUACUCUUCUGAUUUGAAGCGUGCUGCUGAGACUGCAGAAAUUAUAGCAAAAGUUUGUGGCGUAACAAAUGUAAGGGCAUUCUGUUCUUUUUUUUUUGAAACUAAAUGAAAUAAGUGCAUUGUGCAUUCUAUCUGUCCCUUUUCUCAAAUGUUUUUUUUUCAGUUGGUGUUGAAUGAGGCAGAGAGAAAUGCACAUGGGAUAUUUCCAAGGCUUGAAGUGGGAUGAUAUUAUAAAUAAAAAUCCAGAUGUUUUCAGAGGCUUUGACAUUUUUAAAAUUACUGAGGGCUCUGAUUCUGACAGCAGAAACCAAGAAAUCCCAAUAAAUUCACAGCUUAGUUUGUCUAGAUUGAAAUGGUAACCGGCAACUUCUAAAGCAUAACUACAAUGCCAUGGAACCAUUUCACUUACAAAUUACAAUGGCCGCUGUGCUGAUCUAUAUUUAUUAAGAUCUUGAAUUGACACCAUGUGAAUAGCUAUACAAAUAUUUUUAACCUGUUGUUGAUAGUUAUAACUUUGAGGAAGAUGUUGAAAAUAGGACAAGUUUUCUUUAGCUACUUGCACCGAUGAUAAACCCAUGUAAUUCUGAAACAUCACUCUGAAGAGAUUAAUUAUCAACACUUUGUAUUGAUGUUCAGGGUGGUGGAGAA